AUGUCACAACAAAGGGAUGUAACUCUUCAAAGUGCACGAGUUAAAUUGUCAAAUAUCGCAGCGGAAGUGUAUGAUUGCGGCAAUCGCAUCGCCCGAUACCAGCCAAGCGAAGACGUUGUGAAACUUCAGGAAGAAAUACGCCAGCUGGAAAUUCGUUUAGACGACAUACUUUUUUCUGGAUAUCCUCGCUCUGGAAACCAUUGGUUUUUCGAGGUCGUAAACAUGGCGCUCCACCAAAAUACGCGCUUUGAGCACGGCAACUUAUUCCAUCAUCUUCUGGACGCAAUGCAACUGAAAAAUAUACGUGAUAUUGUCCCAACUCUGCCUUCACCUCGCGUCCUGGCCUCACACCGCUGGUUUCAGUUCCUGCCCAAACAAGCCUUUGAGAAGAAACCUCGUCUUGUUUACGUGCUGCGGAACCCCAAGGAUGUUUGGGUUUCCUUUUUCAAGCUGAUGACUUCUUACAAGUCAGAUGAAUACAAUUUUUUUGGCAGCUGGGAGGAGUAUUUCGAAUUGCAGAUGAACGGAGAGUUCCUUUGGGGCUCCUGGUUUGAGCAUGUGUUAGCCUUUGAGGAAUUCAUAUCUGAGCGCCCAGAAUUUUCGGUAUGCGUCAUCCAAUUCGAGGAACUCAAAGAACGUCCAGCAGAAGUGAUACAAGAGUUAUGCCGCUUUCUCAAAGUACCGGAGGACAAGGCAGAGGAAAUAGCAGACGCCACACGGUUCGAGAACAUGAAAAAGAAUGUGAUGAAAGGCGGUGUAGGGGAUUUUACGAGGGAGCUUUUGAAAGACGAAGAACACGGGUUUAUUCGCAAGGGCAAUACUGGGGACUGGAAAGGUCAUUUCACCGUAGAGCAGAAUGAGAGGUUUGAUGAGCUGUUUAAGGCCAAGAUGGCAGGAUCUAAACUUGGGCAGAAGGUUGAGAAAUACAUCAAAUGA